AUGUUGUUCAUCGUCGUUAGUUUAAUUUUAUUAAUAAAUCCAUCUCAAACACAGGACACAUGUUCAAAUGAUAAUCAAUGUCCGUACUACUGUGAUGGCGAUGGCAAAUGUCAGAAGCCCGUACCAAGAGGUCAUCAUUGUUCCGGUUAUACUCGUCACACUCGAGAAUGUGAUAUUGCAGCUUGGUGUGAUCCGGACCAAAACUCAACUUGUCAACUUUUGAAAAACGUCGAAGAAAAAUGUAAAUAUGAUUACUCUUGCAUUGAUAAUUACUGCGAUUUGGAAACUAAUACUUGUCAGUAUCGAAAAUUCAUCGAUGAACAAUGUCAUACAAAUCGGUCAUGCCAUUCCAAUUACUGUGAAACCGAUAAUAAAAAAUGCCAAUCAGUGGAAGAACAAUCUCCUGUACCGAAGUUUAUCAGUUUGAUACUUAUAUGUAUCAUAUUGCAUAUUUACGACAAAAAGAAGACAGCGAAAAUUAAUGUUACUACGCAAACAGAUGAUGCACAACACCCACUUGAGGACUUCAUACAGCUAAACUGA